ACCUUCAAAAUCAUCAUCUUUACAUCAAAAACCACUCUCCUUCUCUCUCUCUCUCUUUAACCAAUUAAGAAAAGUAUCUAAACCGAAUGAAACCGAACUAAACCGGCCCGGUCAUUGUUCUCUGUCCCUCUGCUAGCUCUGUCUCGAUCUCCGUUUUUCGCAGAAUCAUAACAAAAAAUGGCGUCGAAGAACGAGAAGAAGAUGACGAAGAGUUACUUCGAUGUUCUUGGAAUCUGCUGUACAUCGGAGGUUCCGCUGAUUGAAAAUAUCCUCAAAUCGCUCGACGGAAUCAAGGAAUAUUCCGUCAUCGUGCCGUCAAGGACCGUCAUCGUCGUCCACGACAGUCUCAUCAUCUCCCAGUUCCACAUUGUUAAGGCACUUAACCAAGCGAGGUUGGAAGCAAAUGUAAGGGUAACCGGAGAAACCCAUUUCAAAAAUAAAUGGCCAAGUCCGUUCGCGGUGGUUUCCGGCGUGCUUCUCCUCCUUUCCUUCUUCAAAUAUGUUUACUCUCCGUUCCGUUGGCUCGCUGUCGCAGCCGUUGUCGCCGGAAUUUAUCCCAUACUCGCUAAAUCUGUAGCAUCCAUUGCAAGGUCUAGAAUCGAUAUCAACAUACUUGUUGUAAUCACCGUGGGAGCAACACUCGGUAUGCGAGAUUACACAGAAGCUGCAGCAGUUGUCUUCUUAUUCACAAUCGCUGAGUGGCUUCAAUCAAGGGCUAGCUAUAAGGCAAGCGCGGUGAUGCAGUCGCUGAUGAGUCUAGCUCCACAGAAGGCAGUGAUUGCAGAGACUGGAGAAGAAGUUGAAGUGGAUGAGCUCAAGAUCAACACAGUUAUAGCAGUCAAAGCUGGUGAAACCAUACCAAUUGAUGGAGUCGUUGUGGAUGGAAACUGUGAGGUUGAUGAGAAAACCUUGACAGGUGAAGCAUUCCCCGUGCCUAAACUGAGAGAUUCAACGGUUUGGGCUGGAACCAUCAAUCUAAAUGGUUACAUAACUGUGAAAACCUCUGCUCUAGCUGAGGAUUGCGUGGUUGCGAAGAUGGCAAAGCUUGUGGAAGAAGCUCAAAACAGCAAAACAGAAACUCAGAGAUUUAUAGACGAAUGUUCCAAGUACUACACUCCAGCGAUCAUCCUAAUAUCGCUCUGUUUUGCGGUUGUUCCACUCGCAUUGAAGGUUCACAACCCGAAACAUUGGUUUCACUUGGCACUAGUUGUGUUAGUAAGUGCUUGCCCUUGUGGUCUUAUUCUCUCAACACCGGUAGCCACUUUCUGUGCGCUCACUAAGGCAGCCACAUCAGGACUUCUGAUCAAAGGAGCUGAUUAUCUUGAGACCUUAGCCAAGAUCAAGACCGUUGCUUUUGACAAAACAGGGACCAUCACUAGAGGAGAGUUCAUCGUCAUGGAUUUCAAGUCACUCUCCAGAGAUAUAAGCCUGCACAGCUUGCUUUACUGGGUAUCAAGCGCAGAGAGCAAGUCAAGCCAUCCAAUGGCUUCUGCACUUGUGGACUAUGCCAAGUCUGUCUCUGUUCAGCCUAAGCCUGAAGCGGUCGAGGACUACCAGAACUUUCCAGGAGAAGGAAUUUACGGGAAGAUUGAUGGCAAAGAAGUCUAUAUCGGUAACAAAAGGAUUGCUUCCAGAGCUGGGUGUUCAUCAGUUCCAGAUAUUGAUGUUAAUACCAAAGGAGGAAAGACUGUUGGAUAUGUCUAUGUUGGAGAAACACUGGCUGGAAUUUUCAAUCUCUCAGAUGCUUGUAGAUCUGGUGUAGCUCAAGCGAUGAAAGAACUGAAAUCUUUGGGAAUAAAGACUGCAAUGCUAACCGGAGACAAUCAAGCCUCGGCAAUGCAAGCUCAAGAACAGCUAGGGAAUGCUAUGGAUAUUAUUCGUGCGGAACUUCUUCCAGAAGGUAAAUCCGAAAUCAUCAAAGAGUUUAAGAGAGAAGGGCCAACGGCUAUGGUAGGAGACGGGUUGAAUGAUGCACCAGCUUUGGCUACAGCUGAUAUUGGUAUCUCCAUGGGAAUAUCUGGCUCUGCGCUUGCAACAGAGACAGGUCAUAUCAUUCUGAUGUCUAAUGACAUAAGAAGAAUACCACAAGCGAUAAGGCUUGCACGCAGAGCAAAAAGAAAAGUGGUGGAGAAUGUUGUCUUGUCCAUCACUUUGAAAGGAGCAAUUCUUGCUUUGGCCUUUGCUGGUCACCCGUUGAUUUGGGCAGCUGUGCUUGCUGAUGUAGGAACUUGUCUGCUUGUGAUCCUCAAUAGCAUGUUGUUGCUUCGGGAUACGAACACUCCUGGCAACAAAUGUCAUAGGGCUUCUUCUCCCUCUGUUUUGAACACGGAGAAACAUGAAGGUGAUGUUGUUGGGGAUAUGGAAGCAGGCUUAUUACCAAAGAAGAGCAGUGAUAAGCAUUGCAAGUCAGGCUGUUGUGGAAAGAAGAAUCAAGAGAAAGUGAUGAAACCAGCAAAGCCAAGUUCAGACCAUGGUCACUCUGGUUGUUGUGACAAGAAACAGAAAGACAAUGUAAGGAUUAAUGUGAGAAACAGCUGUUGUGCAGAACCUGGUGAUUUAGAACAAGGCCGUGACUCUGGUUGUUGUGGUACCAAGAUUCACCAAGACAAGGUGAAACAAAGCUGUCAUAACAAGGCUGGUAACUCGGAGGAGAUAGUCCUGGACGUUAGUGAUGGAGAUUGCAAGUCGGUCUGUUGUGAAACUGGCUCAGAACUACAACAAGGUUCUUCAACCUUGGUCAAUCUUUAUGAAGAAGUGAAAGUUUCGGUCAAAGGUUGUUGCUCAAGCCCUGCUGAUCCUGUGAUAGCUAGCUUGAAAGUGAAGAGCAAUGGGCAUUGUGAGUCAAAGUGCUGUGAAAAUUCUGAGAAGGCUAAAGAAGAGAUCUGUUCAGAGGUGAAAACGAUGGACUCUAAGUUUAGCAGCAGAGAGAGAAGCCACAGUCACCAUCACCACCACCAUGCGUGAAAGAGAUUGUAAUUGAAUAGCAUUAGCUUCUCACUUACAUUUGUACUAAUAACCUUUCAUCAGAGAUGAUGAUAUAUUGAUAGAGAAACUAUGUGAUUCAUGAAGGAAAUGUGAAUGAAUCCUUU